UCCCGCCGCUGGUCGCGCGCCGCACUGGAGAGAUGGUGAGUCACCGCGAGCUGCUCCGGGAGCGCGACGUUAACGGAGCAAUAACAUCCACGACCGACACCAGAACCGGAACAUCGAGCCAGCCCGGACCCCUGGCAUCGAGGCCGGACCCGCCGACGUCCUGCGGCCGCUGGACGGAUCACAGCUAGGAUCCGCAGUGACGUCACAUACGGCUGCUGUCGCGUCGACUUUGAUCAGGGCACAUUGUUGCUGCAUCCAGCUGAGCCGCCACCGCUGUUGCUGCUGAAGGCCAACAUGUUGCUGCUGCCGCAGGGAGCCUGCUGAGCAGCUGAGCGCCUCAUGGAGAGUCUCCUUCAGCAUCUCCACGGCCCUGCAGAUGGACAUCUUGUUUCCUGGAUAGAUGGACAGAUUUCCACCACAGUCUGACUGAUCAGCUAACCUGGACUCAGGUGAUCCAUUGUGUUAAACCCAGCCCCCAAAGAUCUUCAGGUAUAAAAAAUGACCAAUAAGAUGAACCACCUGAAAGAGGUAGAGGCUGGCCGGGAGUUUGAAGGCAAGGUUGAGACCUGGGCUCAGUCUCUGGUCUACACUGUGGAGGAACUAGAGUGUAAAAUCUGCUACAACCGAUACAACACUCGCAGCAGGAAACCCAAACUGCUGGGCUGUCUGCACCGGGUCUGUGCCAAGUGUCUAAAGAAGAUGGUGGACAUGGGAGACUCUUCACCAACAAUCAUCUGCUGCCCGUUCUGCCGCCAUGAGACGUAUGUCCCCGAUGAGGAGGUGUGGCUGAUGGAGGAUGACCGCCACAUCAUGGCAGUUCUGUCUUGUCAGGAUAGAGCUCAGAAGGAAAGUGUAACAACAGGAAAAGGAGAAGGAGGUUUAGAGGUGGUGUUGACUCCCACUGCUCUGAAAGCAGGAGGAGAGGGAGGAGGCACAGACACAUCCCAUCGUUCCUCAGAUUGUCUGGUAAUCACCAUCAUGGAGCUUCCAGAUUAUUCUCCAUCCUCUGAGUCAGUGAGCAUGCUCAACGUAGUGGGUCUCUACCGGCCCCCCAGCUUGGACUCUCUGCCCUGCAACUUGCCAACACAGAAAUGUCGCGCUUGGACAUCCCGCAGUUUUCCACGCUGCCUGUUGGGGGCGCUGUGCAUGGUAUACUUCAGUUCGCUGCCUCUGGGGAUCUACCUGCUAAUGGUUGGUCACCUGUUGAUGGGUGUGGUACUUGUCAGCCUGGUUCCGUCCACACUACUGCUGCUCGUUCUCUACGGAUUCUGUCAGUGCAUAUGUCAAGAAGUGAGGGAGGCGAUUGCGGCACGCAGGCUGCCAUGACAACGGUAUAGGCCACUGUCAUGGCAACAAGGACAGUGUGUGCUUCCGCAGUGACAAACAGCUCAUAUGGCCACACUGACGAGGAUUACGACAUAACUUUCAAACCCUUCACCAUCACAAAAGAGAACUGAAAGCAGAGCCGAACCCUCAGCACAUUACCGACCCCAUCAAUGGAGGACCCUCCCCUUUUUGAGCACCAGCACCCCUAUCUUUGCCAAAACCGCCAAACGGAAAAGAAGCAGGACAUGUCUUCAUUUCAGAUUGUUAUUAUCAGCUGAUCAUGUCUUAUCUGAUGACAGGUUCAUCAUCAGAAAUUUGAUUAAAUAUGUAGAGCUGGAUAAGCUACUAAUUACUAUUAACAUGUUGCUAAUAAGUUGCUGUUAACGUUUGUGUAUUAUUUAUAUGUAAAUACUGAAUUCUGUUCAUAAAUGCACCUUAAGAGAUCUCUGUUCUUAGAGUCUAUAAACAACCAACUGCUGUAAAAGAAUAAGUUCAAUAAAAAAAAGGUUGGUUAAAUGUUAGUCUAGCUUGGUCUGGAAAGAAACAAAAGCUUA